AUGGCGGGUGCGGACGAACAAGACAAUGAGACAGCUUAUCAGACUCCAAACAAGGCAUCAGACUCCCGCGACCCACGCGAUACGCGUCAACGACCAAGACUAAAUCGCCAUGACUCGCGACUAUCGGCUAUCUUUGCUCCGAAAGCGACCGGCAUCGGUGAAGCAAAAGCUUCCUCUCCACCACAAAAGGUCGGGACCUCUUUGCCAAAAUUGAGGAGGUAUCAGAGGAUUCAGCCGACUGCAGUCAAGAGCAUAGAAAACCAAGGUAUUCGAAACCCUGCCGGUGGUGAGAAGCCCACUAAGACGAAGUCACGGAUGCUGAACGCCCUCAAAAAGCUCGAAGACACAUACGAAAACUCAUCCAUUGGGUCUAAGCAGGUCCGCAUGCUUAUCGUCAAGCCAGGACAAGAAUAUGACGACAUCAACGCAAUCCUACAGGUCGUUGAUGAAGAUCAACUUGGGAACGAUGAUUAUUGCUAUGAAGCUCUCUCGUAUCACUGGGGCUAG